CUGUACUCAGUCACUGUGUGUCUCCUACAGAUGGGCCCAGUAACAGAGAUACCCCAGAGAGUUGUCCCCGUCCUCUGUAUUCCCAGGAUUGUACAGAGGAGUAUCACAGGACCCCACAGGAGGAUCAGGUAGAACGUCUGUCUGAUAUUAAAACAGAUGAUAUAGAGGGAGAAGAGGAGACGUAUGUGACUGAUAUAAAGGCAGAAGAUAUAGAGGGAGAAGAAGAGAUGUAUGUGACUGAUAUAAAGGCAGAAGAUAUAGAGGGAGAAGAAGAGACGUAUGUGACUGAUAUAAAGGCAGAAGAUAUAGAGGGAGAAGAAGAGACGUAUGUAACUGAUAUAAAGGUAGAAGAUAUAGAGGGAGAAGAAGAGACGUAUGUGACUGAUAUGAAGUCAGAAGAUAUAGAGGGAGAAGAAGAGACGUAUGUGAGGGGGGAUCAGCAGUGUAAGGAGGAGGAGAUCCCUACAGAUAUCAGCACAGAUGGACACACAAGCAGGAACAUCUCAGAAGGACAUCUAAUGUUAUCCCCGGAUUGUGACAUAAGAGAUAAUGACAGUAGACAGGAUUCUCCAGGAGCUAACCCCAUUACCCCAAUUAUACAUCCAGCUCUAUCAGCUGAUCCCUCUGAUCCUGGGAAAUGUUCUCCUGAUCACUCUGAUAUUGGUGUAUCUGUUACAGCACUGCCAGUAGAUACAGUGUUUCCGUGUUCUAUAGAUACCAAAUGUUUUACACAGAACACAAAGCUUAUUACCCAACAGCCAGCUAAGGCAGGGGAGAGGCCAUUUCAAUGUUCUGAGUGUGGGAAAUGUUUUACAUACAAAUCAGCUCUUGUUACACAUCAGAGAACACACACAGGUGAGAAGCCAUUUCCAUGUUCUGACUGUGGAAAAUGUUUUGCAUGGAAAUCACAACUUGUUACACAUCAGCAAAGUCACACAGGUGAGAAACCAUUUCCAUGUUCUGAGUGUGGGAAAUGUUUUACAUGGAAAUCACAACUUGUUACACAUCAGCAAAGUCACACAGGUGAGAAACCAUUUCCAUGUUCUGAGUGUGGGAAAUGUUUUACAUGGAAAUCACAACUUGUUACACAUCAGCAAAGUCACACAGGUGAGAAGCCAUUUCCAUGCUCUGAGUGUGGGAAGGGUUUUGUACAGAAAUCAGAUCUUGUUAAACAUCAGAGAAGUCACACAGGUGAGAAGCCUUUUUCUUGCUCUGAGUGUGGGAAAUGUUUUACACGGAAAUCACAACUUGUUACACAUCAGCAAAGUCACACAGGUGAGAAUCCAUUUCCAUGCUCUGAGUGUGGGAAAGGUUUUGCACAGAAAUCAGAUCUUGUUAAACAUCAGCAAAGUCACACAGGUGAGAAUCCAUUUCCAUGCUCUGAGUGUGGGAAAGGUUUUGCACACACAUCAGCUCUGCUUAUACAUCACAGAAGUCACACUGGUGAGAAGCCAUUUCCAUGUUCUGAGUGUGGGAAAUGCUUUGCACAAAAAUCAGAUCUUGUUAAACAUCAGAGAAGUCACACAGGUGAGAAGCCUUUUUCUUGCUCUGAGUGUCGGAAAUGUUUUACACGGAAAUCACAACUUGUUAUACAUCAGAGAAGUCACACAGAUGAGAAUCCAUUUACAUUCCCUGAAUGUGGGAAAUGUUUUGUACACAAAUCAGAUCUUAUUAGUCACAACAGAAGUCACACAGGUGAGAGUCCAAUUACUUGCUCUGAGUGUGGGAAAUGUUUUACAUGGAAAUCACAACUUGUUAUACAUCAGAGAAGUCACACAGGUGAGAAGCCAUUUCCAUGUUCUGAGUGUGGGAAAUGUUUUGCAUACAAAUCAGAUCUUGUUAAACAUCAGAGAAGUCACACAGGUGCAAAGCCAUUUUCUUGCUCUGAGUGUGGGAAAUGUUUUACACAGAAAUUACAUCUUGUUAGACAUCAGAGAAGUCACACAGGUGAGAAUCCAUUUCCAUGCUCUGAGUGUGGGAAAUGUUUUUCACACAAAUCAGCUCUUGUUACACAUCACAGAAGUCACACAGGUGAGAAGCCUUUUUCUUGCUCAGAGUGUGGGAAAUGUUUUACACGGAAAUCACAACUUGUUAUACAUCACAGAAGUCACACAGGUGAGAAGCCAUUUCCAUGUUCUGAGUGUGGGAAAUGUUUUGCACAAAAAUCAGAUCUUGUUAAACAUCAGAGAAUUCACACAGGCGAGAGGCCAUUUCCAUGUUCUGAGUGUGGGAAAUGUUUUACAUACAAAUCACAUUUUGUUACACAUCAGAGAUAUCACACAGGUGAGAAACCAUUUCCAUGUUCUGAGUGUGGGAAAUGUUUUGCACGGAAAUCAAAUCUUGUUAAACAUCAGAGUAGUCACACAGGUGAGAGGCCAUUUUCUUGCUCUGAGUGCGAGAAAUGUUUUACACGGAAAUCAAAUCUUGUUAAACAUCAGAGUAGUCACACAGGUGAGAGACCAUUUCCGUGUUCUGAGUGUGGGCAAUGUUUUGCACAGAAAUCACAUCUUGUUACACAUCAGAGAAGCCACACAGGUGAGAAGCCUUUUCCAUGUUCUGAGUGUGGAAAAUGUUUUGCACAGAAAUCAAAUCUUGUUACACAUCAGAGAAGUCACACAGGUGAGAAGCGAUUUUCUUGCUCUGAGUGUGGGAAAUGUUUUGGACGCAAAUCAGAUCUUGUUACACAUCAGAGAAGUCACACAGAUAAGAAUCCAUUUCUAUGUUCUGAGUGUGGGGAAUGUUUUGCACACAAAUCAGAUCUUGUUAUACAUCAGAGAAGUCACAGAGGUGAGAAUCCAUAUCUAUGUUCUGAGUGUGGGAAAUGUUUUGCACACAAAUCACAUCUUGUUACACAUCAGAGAAGUCACACAGGUGAGAAGCCAUUUUAUUGCUCUGAGUGUGGGAAAUGUUUUACCCAGAAAUCAAGUCUUGUUACACAUCAGAGAAGUCACACAGGUGAGAAGCCAUUUUAUUGCUCUGUGUGUGGGAAAUGUUUUACCCAGAAAUCAAGUCUUAUUAUACAUCAGAGAAGUCACACAGGUGAGAAGCCAUUUCCAUACUCUGAGAAAUAAAUCAGCUCUUGUUUCACACAACAGACAUCACUUAGGUGAGGAACCAUUUUAAUCUUCUGGAGUAUACUCAUCAUUGCCAUGCGUUUUUCUUCAAGGUUCUUAUCCUAUCUCCUAUGCUUUUUGCAAUAUACAUGCUACCACUGGGUGAAAUAAUCAGAUGUCAUGCCCUCAUCUACCACUGCUAUGCAGAUGACCUGUCUUUUGCUCCAGGUACCCAGUACCAAUCCUAAAUGGUUGUCUAGCUGAGCUCCAGGUGUUGGUGAUGCCAGUUGGCUGUGACUCAGUCCUGGUGAAACAGGUCUUUAUGAUAGAAGCUCACCACCAAAGGACAGGGCUACAGCUCAGCUUUGCAAAGCAACCAGACUUACGCUUGGGGGUUCAGAGUUACAAAAUGCUGAUCAUGUGCGGAAUCUUGGUGUCCUGGGUGGUGGAGUGACACUUAGACAUCAGGUAUCUGCCACAAUCAGAUCCUCAUCUGAGGAACAUAGCCAGACUCCACCACUUAUUUCCCUCAGAAGAUCUACCUACAGUCAUACAUACACUUGUAUAAUCACACAUAGACUACUUCAAUGUCCUCUACCUGGAUCUCCCAGCAAUAGAAUUGCACCGCUUGUAGCUUGUACAGAAUGCAGCAGCCAGGCUGUUACCUAACCAGCCCGUUCCUGCCACAUCACACCCAUUCUCUACUCCCUUCACCGGCUGCCAGUAAGAUGGGGACUAUUAAUCUUACUGACUCUCCCAGCCCUACAUGACCGGGGUCCAAGGUACCAGAAGCAGCUUCUGCCUCCUUACUGCCCAGCUUGCUUCCAUCUGCAGAUGGACUGUUACCAGCAGUUCCAAGAAUCCCCAAGCAGUGCUGAGAUGUCAGAGUGGAGACAUGUUGGAUGGCACUAUUGCUGUGGUGGGGACUGCCGGAGGCACUAUCUGUGGCUAGUAUCCCCAAGCGGUGCUGAGGUGUCAGAGGGGAGAGACAGGGUGGGUGGCACUAGUGCUGUAGUGGGGCUGCCGUAGGCACU